GCAACUGCCGUUCUGAAUGUAGCGAGCAGAUUGUAUUGUUAAAUUGUUGUCAUGUCUAGAUGUAGGCAACAUAUGGAUUUCCAAUUCUGAGAAUUGAUUAUUUUUCCAUUUGCUUUCUAUUGCUGGCAGAUCUGGCAGAUCACUUCUGGUAUUUCUAUAUACAGGCUUGCCAUAGAACAGAGAAACUAAAGGAGGCAUAGCCCAUUAGAGGCCCUGAAUGAGAGAACAGAGGAGUGGGAUAGAAACAUUGUAGGUGUAGAAACAGGGUUAGGUAGAUAGACUGCCAUGAGAGAGGAUCCGUCAAGCUGUGGUGAAUACCCAGAGGGAGGGGUGGUGUCCAGCGAGGAGGAGCCAGACUGCGCUCCAAACAAAUGCCCUGUGGUGGUGGUAACACCAGGGGCUGGCGGGCGCAAAAGGGUCACCAGGAAAGACAACAUUUCAUCGCCAACAGAGGACAACAAGUCAACAACAGGAGUGCCCCCCAGUCUGAUCCCAUCAGGACCCAAGAGGCCUAAGAAGAGUCCCCAGCCCUCCCUGUCUCCUCUCCCCAUCCCAGGCCAGCCCCUGGAGGACCCUCAGCACCAGCGGGUGGUCGCCAAUGUACGGGAGCGCCAACGGACGCAGUCCCUGAACGACGCCUUUGCCUCGCUUCGUAAGAUAAUCCCCACGCUGCCGUCAGACAAGCUGAGCAAGAUCCAGAUCCUGAAACUGGCCUCGCGCUACAUUGACUUCCUCUACCAAGUCCUGCAGAGUGAUGAGAUGGACGCCAAGCUGGCCAGCUGUAACUACCUAGCCCACGAGAGACUCAGCUAUGCAUUCUCAGUGUGGAGGAUGGAGGGGGCCUGGUCCAUGUCCGCUACCCACUAGCCCUCCCAUUUACCUCUCUAACACCCUCUCGCCCUCCCCUCCCGCCCCCACGUCCUCCCACAGCUGCGCCCUCCGGACCAAAUCUCCCAUGACCUCUGACCCCUGCUCUCUGACCCUCAUCCUCACAUCAUCUAACUCCUCCACCACUCUACACCAGCAUCCGACCAAGGCGAUUGAGAAGCCUUCGCGUUGGUUUGUACUUACACCUCUGGACCAUCUAAAUCACAGAUCUCAGCCCUGCCCUCACUCUGGAGAGGUACUGUAGAGACUCGGCUUCCUCGAGCGCACACAGAAACGACAGGGCAACAAUUUUGAGCUACUAGCAGGCCUGGAAGACGGACAACUAUAGCAUUUUAUGACCUGGAAAUUGCAACUUUGACUUAGAAACAGUUUUGUACACAAAUGUAAGUCAUGUGAAUGUUCCUAUUCUAGUGUAAAUACAUGUAGUCACAACCAAUAGAACAUUGAUUAAAAGGGAAUCAGUUGCUGUAAAGAAUGUAUUUGUAUUACAAUUGUAGAUAUGUGGAUAAAAUACGCCUUGUGAUUUUCUUGUCCAUAUAAUAAAAUGUGUAUUUGAGCAUCUUUCUCAUUCUCAUCUUAUAACCAGUCUCACCUUAAACCCUGUACUGCGACUACACCAUCAUGGUCCACCAUCAGCAUUCAACAUUUGAAGAUGGACGAUGACACAAUAGCAUUUCUAAACACCAAAUACAUAUGAAAUACAUUGAUUAUUAUCCUUCUUUGUGUUUGUGUGUGAAAUAACCUGGGUUACCAGGGAUCUAUCUACGAGUUACCCUGUCAGCCUUAAUUAGUGCUCUAGAACAUACGCCUCGUUAAGAAGUCUGCUCUGGCAGACUAAGGUAUAAUUGCACAUAAAGCUGUUGUUCUUUUGGGGGAAAAUAAGGCCUCUAAAAUAUUUAUUGGUUGGAAAGAAAUGUUAUGAUAUACCCAACCACAGAAGCACAUGUGGAUACAUGCAUUUAUGGACCAUGAGAG